AGAGGUCACGUGACCAGCACGGCGGGGCCGCUCGGCACGAAUGGCUGCGGUCGGUGUGCAAAACGGAGGCACGGCGAGGCGCUCGCGUUUGCCAGAGACAGACAUGAAAACGGAUUGAAAAUUACGACUCGCGCCACACUACUGGGGAUUGCAGCGCUGUGGGAAAACAGGCAAGAUCCAUCAAAUUGUGGUAACUGCGUUUGGUAAAGUCAACACUUAAGGGUUUUGAAAAUGGGAUAACUUAAGUGAAUCAAAAAGAAUUGAAAGAAUCAGGACAGCAUUCAUGGAUAUAGUUGACACCUUUAACCAUUUAAUCCCCAGUGACCAGUUGGAUGACACCUUACUUCAGGGCCCAAACUUGGAAAGUGAAGUCAGUGAUGAAUUUGGAGCAGGUCACAGCUUACUAGAAGACUCGCUGAAGAACAUGUUGAGUGACAAGGAUCCCAUGCUUGGAUCUGCUAGUACCCAGUUUCACCUUUUAGAUAAUGAUGAAACCAACUUUCAAGCCGCUAGUUCAGCAGUUGUUGAAAUUGAAGACAUUAUUCAGGAAGGACAUUUGAAGGAAACUGGUCAUGAUGCCAUUGAGGAAGACUUGAUCAUCCCUAGUAAGAAUAUGAAAACCAGAACUCUAAAUACUUCUCCACAGUCAACUAGAAAAUCACCACGUCUGCAGUCACAAGAACCAGUGAGGAGUAUGAGAGAGAGCACAUUAGCCAGGCGUUCAACUGCUUUAACUUCCCAGACUGUUAAAAAGUCACCCACCAAAUCUCCCACUGCGAAAAAAGGAGUACAGAAAAAACAAACUUCAACCCAAGAGUUAGAUUCAGGUUUGUUAGACAUGGAAAUAGAAAAGAAGGAAGCCGAAGAGUGUGAACAAAAGGUUACAGAUGUUAUUGAUUCAUUGACUAUCAACACAGAGAAGUGUGACGUUAUGCCACAGAAGGAGAGUGAACCUGAAGAUUUUACCAAUAUCAAAAAAACAGAUGAGGUCUCUGAGAAUUCAGAAAAAUCUCAAAGUGCUCCUUUAAUUUUGCAAGGGACAGUGCAAAAUGAAGACCAUUCUACUUAUGAGGAUAAUCAAAAUGUUUUAAGAGGAGAAGGGGAAAAGUUGACUAAAAAUGACAGUAGUACCCAUUUGGAAACAUUUCAAACACAAAAAGAAAAAGAUACAAGUAAAGAUAGUUCUGUUACUAAAACAGAUUUUGAGGAAAGCCUUGUUUCCUCUGAACAUGGACCUAGUGAAAACCCAAACAAAGCUCAACAAGAUAAUAAAGAUAUAGAAAACACUUGCAGUACAGAGUGUGAAAUGACCGAGUCUGUUUGUAUCACUGAACAUUCUGCUACAAAAUCUCAAAAAGAACACAACCAAGUUGAAACUUGCAGCACUGAAAACUAUGAGCCUUCAGGGAGUCAAAAAUGCUGUGAUUCUGAGCAAGAAGGAGAAGCUGCUUUGUGUGAAAGGACUAAUUCAACAUCAAGUAAAAAGAACGAGGGAGAUCACAACAAACACGAUCAGGUUCAGUCAAAGAAGCAGCUGUUCAAAUCAAAACCAUUGAAAUCUAGUUUGAAAUCACAUGGAAAAACAUUACCGAAAACACAUUCAGAGACAACAGAAGAAAAGAAGUCUUUGCCACAGGUACUUCCAAGGGCUGACAUUCAUAAUUCUCAGGGGACCACACAGAAGCAGAUUUUGAUGGCAGUAAAACGGAAAACAAGUGACCAAAAAACACAUAUUCAGCAAGGACCAAGCAAACUACAAAAAACUCUCCCUGGUCAGGACGUGAAGACAAAACUGGCAACCCCAGAUAAUAAAGUUCAAAUCAGACAAAUACAGAAGUCAUCGUUGAGCAAGCGUAUUAGUCUUUCUGAUUCAAGUAAGUCUUCGACAAAGCAGCCCUGUGAGCCUGAUUUUGUACGUGAGGACCAUUCAUUGGAAUCGCAGCCGACAGUUUCAAAACCUGCUCACUCCCAAGUAAGACCAUUGUCUCUUGGCAGCCACAAGCAACAGAGUGCCCAUGUGUCUCAUGGAAAAUUGAGCUCUGUUCAGAAGGAUGACACAGCAGAUAAUGAUGACAGAGAAAAGCAUAAAUUAAAAAAAAUGGAAAAGGGAUUUCAGAGGCAGCGCAGAAGCAGCAAAAGCAUUUCUUUGGAUGAGCCACCUUUGUUCAUCCCCGACAAUGCACCUGUUGUUAAAAAGGAAAGUGUUGACGAUGCAGACUCCAGUGAAAUUGAACUUGUUUGGCACGCCAACAAGCAUAACUGUGGUCUUUGUAAAAAACCUCAUGGCAACAGGUUCAUGGUGGGAUGUGGUCGCUGUGACGAUUGGUUUCAUGGUGACUGUGUGGGUCUAGGCCUGGCUCAGGCACAACAAAUGGAACAGGAAGAUGAGGAAUUUAUUUGUUUAAAAUGCUGUGCUGAAGAAGAUAACAGAGGUAAAUCCAGUGAGCAAAGUCCCUCUGUAAAACAACAGCAUGGUUCCCUGGAGGGGCACUUAAAACCAGAGCAACAUCAUGAGAGCAAGUUCAUUGUCAAGCAUGAAAAAUAUGGACAGUCGGUGUCUGUCUCUCCAGGCAGUUACAGUAUAAAUGCAGGAAUACAUGAAAAGUCGGAGCAUCUAGAUGACAGUAGGCAACACAAAGUAAAAAUUUUCAGAAAGGAUUCAACAGAAAGAAGAAAUUCAGCUGAUAACAAAGAAUUGGAAAACAAAAAAGUGAAUUUAUUGUCCGACUCUAAAACUGGACAUACACAAUUGAAAAUGCGUCAGGCAUCGGGCGAUCGAAGUGGUCAUGGAGAUAAAGUAGUGAAACAAGAAUCAAAUGAGAAACAUGAUAUCAAAAAGAAGAAAUUAGAAAAGUCUUCAAUUUCAUCACCUUCAACAGCCAAAAAACCUUCAGUUGAAGAAAUAAGGCAGAACGUAAGGGAGUCCUUGAAAGAUAUACUUGUUAAAAGACUUACUGAAUCAGAAUUAAAGAUUUCUACAGAGAGGGCAGCUAAAGUUGCCUUAAAAACAGAGCGAGAACUUUUUGCUUUUUUUCGAGAUACUGACUCAAAGUACAAGAGUAAAUACCGCAGCUUAAUGUUCAAUCUUAGAGAUGCAAAAAACAAUGUUUUGUUCAAGCGUGUCCUCAAAGGUGAGAUUACUCCAGAUCAUUUAAUUCGCAUGAGUCCCGAAGAGCUUGCCUCAAAGGAAUUGGCUGCUUGGAGACAGCGAGAAAAUAGACAUACAAUUGAGAUGAUUGAAAAAGAGCAACGAGAAGUAGAAAGGCGGCCCAUUACUAAAAUUACUCAUAAAGGAGAAAUAGAAAUUGAAAAUCAAGAGCAAGUAAAGGAACCUGAAACAAUGGAAGUGGAGCAGGAACCAGCGCCUAAACAAGUAGAAGAACCGGAAAUUGUUCCAGAUGUGAUACAUCCCUGUGCUGAAAAAGACACAACUAGUCAGCAUAAGAAGCAUCUUUUUGACUUAAAUUGUAAAAUUUGCACUGGUCGAAUGGCUCCUCCUGCUGAUGACACACCUUCAAAAGUAGUAAAAGUUGCAACUACUGUGGUACGAAGACAGUCGGGUUUUGAAGGAGAAAAGGAGGACUCAGUGCCGUCACAGCUUGAUAUUUUGCCUUUUAGCAUUAUUGAUGAGAAUAAAGCUGUAUCACCUUCUGUGAGUUCCUUUGCUUCAGAUAUCAGGUUAGAGCCAGGCCCUGUUUUAGAAGAUGAAGCAACAUUUCUUUCUCGCUUGGAAUGCAUUUGGAAAGGCUUCAUCAAUAUGCCUUCUGUGGCAAAGUUUGUAAUUAAAGCUUAUCCUGUGUCUGGCACAUUUGAUCACCUAACAGAGGAUCUACCUGACAGUAUCCAGGUUGGUGGUAGAAUAUCGCCACAGAUGGUUUGGGAUUAUGUUGAGAAAAUACGGGCCUCGGGAACAAAAGAGGUAUGCUUAAUUCGCUUUUGUCCUGUAACUGAAGAAGAUCAGAUUUCAUACACAUUGUUGUUUGCCUACUUCAGUAGCAGAAAACGUUAUGGUGUGGUUGCCAACAAUAUGAAGCAGGUGAAAGAUAUGUAUCUCAUACCUCUGGGGUCUUCAGAAAAAAUCCCAUACCAGCUUGUUCCAUUUGAUGGCCCUGGUUUAGAAGUGCAGCGGCAAAACCUCCUGCUUGGAUUAAUUAUUCGGCAGAGAGUUAAAAGAGAUUUUACAGCUGCUGUGUCAACAAAUAUUUCAGAACCAACAUCAAACAGACUUUUAUCACAGAAAAGAAGCAGAGUCGAUGGUUCUAGUGAUAAUGGAUUCAAAGAUAACGCUGGCGCUGCAGACGAAGAUAACGAGGAAAAUGACGAUGAUGACAACAGCAAUGAUUUUUUUAAUUCCCUUUCAACUGUUUUACCAAAGCACCAUGGCAAGACUUCCCAAUCUAGUGAAGAUGAGGUUGAGGAUGAAGAAGAGUCCACAAAAGUAGCUGAAGUAACUUUACAGGAAGCAGCCAAGCCUUUAAGGUUUCUACCUGGAGUUUUAGUUGGAUUGGAUAGCCAGUCUUCCAUCUUAGACUUUGCCAGCAAGCCAAUACCCAUGGAUGAUAUUCUUCAGAGCCUUUUGGGUACCACAGAGAAAGAGGAGGAAGAAGAAAACAUAAGUGUGCCCACUGUUAUCCCUGCUUUAGAAAGUACAGUUGCAAACAAAAUUCCGUUUCUGAAUGAUCCAAAACCUGAUCGUUUCAUUGUAAAAAGGAAAGAAGCCAAAGGUAAUAAAUCAGAAUCUUCUCCUCCUGACGAAACGUCAUGUCCAGUUAAAACCAACACUGAAGAUACCAGAGAACAUGAAAACCCCCAGUCAGCCGUUAUUUCCUUACCAGUUUCCCUGAAAGAUAAACCUCCUGAUGUUUCAACAGAAGCAUUCUUGGCCAGUUUGUCUGUGGGAAAAUCUGAGUUAGAUGAAUCUCUUGCAGGGAAUGUUCAGGGAGAACAUCUUAAAGAGCCAUUAAAGGAAAAUAGUGAUAACAAAGACCCCAGUAGUUUGGAGACUGCUCCUAAAGAGGCACACACUUCUGUAACUUAUGGUGCUCCUAGUGAGGAUAAUGCAUGUUCUGCUACAAAGUUUUCAGGGCUUUUGAGUACUGCAAGGGAUCCACGCCAAGCAGCUGGUAGAACUCAACAGAGUGGCCCCAGUACACCUCACUCAGAUGACCAAGGUGGAGUCAAAGAUAGUGAAAAUGACAAUGUAUUGAAAACAAAAAGUGAACUUUCAGAUGCGAAUGUUGUUACAGUUCCCGACGAGCGAAAAGAGCCCUGCAGUGUUCCUCUGGUCAUAAAUUCAAACUUACAGCCUUCCUACUUACAGCCAAAAAGUGUCUCACAGGAAAAGAGUACAGACUAUGCACCAGAAAAAGAAGUUACAGCAUGUAACAUUGACACAAUUUCCUCUUUCAGAAGUGAAGUCGGCUUUAAUGUGAAUUUACCACAUAAGCUGCAGGGUCCUCCUCCAGGUGUGUUUACACACGCUAGUACUUCACAGCACAAAUUUCCUCCACUUCACAUGAGUGAUGCUGAAUAUAACUUACAGAGUGCCCCACCAUCAGGUUUUCUAAAUCCAAGUAACAACGUAUUGCCUGGCUUCCAGCCUCACCCUCCACCGAUACCACCUUUGUUUGGUUUUCCUAGGGGGCCACCUCCAAUAUUUCAUCCUCCCGAACCACAAAUGCAAAACAGUCAUGUGCCUUGGCCUCCAUUAGUCUUCUCAAAACCAAACUUUCCACCUCACCACACUGGCUUUGUACCUUCUGGACCACAAGUGUCAUAUGACCAUCCAAGGUUUACAUGUCCCACAAGCCUGCACCCUUUAACGCAAAACAAAGGCCCCGAAAGACGCUACAGUGACCCAAGUGAUAGACAAGUUCACCAGUCCGACAACAGCUUUAGGAGGGACCGGAGUGAGCAUCAGAGUCGCCAGAGAUUUUUCAGUGAAUCGCACCACGAAAGAAGGGGACGACAAAAUGAAAGGGACCAGGAAAGAGACAGGGGGAAGUACUGGGAUCACCACCCUGAAAAGGACAGACGGAGGGAAAGAAGUCGCAGUAAAGAGGAUAAGGAGAGAGGCAACCGUCAGGACGAUCGGUACAGAGGCAAGGACAGGGACAAGCACCAAAGUUAUAAUUCAGAACACUCUCGAUACUCUGACCGACAGAAGGACAGGCAUCACGAGGAGGAGCACGAGCAUCGCCACCACAAAGAAAGAGAUAAGAGUUGGGAACGGGAGAAGAGUAAAAAGUACUCUGACUAUGAAAAAGGCAAGAGAAAAUUUAAAAAAGACGAGAAGAACUCAUAAUAGAAAUGCGAACACGUUUGAUCCGCAUUGUCAGCAUUGUGCCAACUCCUCCUCAGUGUUAACAGUGCUUUUUAUCAUUUUGGCCGGUAGAAAGCCAGCUGAGUUUUUUUAAUAUAAAGUGAUAUUCCUGUUUUAUUAAUGAACAUUGUACCUUAAAUAGAGGUAGCUCAAACAAUAUUUUCAAGAACUUAACCAUUUUAACACGUUAUAAUGUAAGACAUAGCCACAUUCAUGACAUAAUUGAAAUAUUGCAUUUUUAUAAUUUCAUUUUUUUUUUUUGGUUCAUUUCAAUUCAGCAUAUACAUCAUUUUCUUUGCACUAUUACAAAUGAAAUAUAAUCAGGACUUGCAUUUUCAUUUCACAAAGCCGGACUUGUGGACCGACAGAUUUAAAUGUAAGAACAAGAACUGUUCUUGUUUUUUAAUAUGAGGUAUGUGGACGCCUGCCAUCUUGAAGAUCUUAAACUGAAAACAAGCGUAUAGGCUACAAAUUCUAAAAAUGUCACAACUUGAAGUGAUUGGUAUGGUUUUGCUAUGGCUGACUUAACCCCAAGAUGUAUUUAAACAUUUCAUUAUGUCUCUCAGAUUUGGAAUCCUUUUUCAUCAUCCAUUUUGUAAUAUAUGUGUCUUAUCGUUACUACUUAACACUUUCAUAAUAUUCUAAGUUUUUUUUUUAAUUAUUUUAUUGAUUUUAGUUUGUACUUCAAAUUUAAGAAAGAUGUUUUUAAAGCUUGUUCAUAAUGAUGAACAUUUACAAACGUUUUAUGUAAAUCAGUGUAAAAAAUAAAAUUAGUUCUGUGAACUUCUGAGUGGAUGUAAAUUGCAAAGGCUACUUUAUGUAGAAAAAAAUACUACUGAUAGCUUUGGUCGAUAUUUGGCAUGGAAGCUCUACAUGGUUUUUAAUUAUAUAUUCAUCACAUCAUGGAAAUACUGAAAUUCCUGGGAUCGGGGCUUAUGUAUUUUUGUGUACAAAUUUUCCAAAAAAAAAAAAGUUUGCACUUUCUGCUGUGUUUUCUUUUUUUUUCUCCUUCUUAAGAAUCAGUCAGUUUAGUUAGCCACAUGAAUCGAUAGCAUCAAGAAAUAAAACAAGCCGCUCCGUUUGAGCAGACACACCCGCAUUUCUGAAGGGUGUGCAUUUCACCUUGGAAGGGAGCCAUAAAAACAGUGGGACUUGAGUGGACGUGACGCUGGAGGAAAACUUGAAAAUGUCGCGUUAUGUAGUGGCAGAUUAAACAGAAGGUCAGCACCGGGGUUUGUUAAUUUCAUGGGUAAAUGUGUCUUGGAUUAAGUCAUUAUACAUAGAUCUGUAGGCUUUGGUUUUUCCAAUGAUUUUAAACUUGUAUGAUUUAGUGUGCCUUGUAGCCACAAAUGCUCAAUUUUAAUGUUUUCUUAUAUAAAAAAAAAAAUAAAAUUGUUACAACAGA